ACUUCACUGCCACACUGAUAUGUAUAGCAUUUAUUGUUGUUAUACGCGUCAUCUCAUGACUAAGCGCCGGCAAAAUGCGAGCAGCCAACCUUAUGCCGCUCCGUUGCUGUGCUCCAUGUUUUGGCAGCAAAGCGCAAUGCGCGAUAAAACUUGUAAUGGCAGCAAAGUCGACAAAAGCAUAUACAACAACCGGCUGGGCUUUGGGUGCACACACAUACACAGACGGACGUCGUUUUGACAGUUCAUUCAUUGCGGCGCUAAGGUGCACAAGUGCUAGCAUAUACUUAGCCAAACGCUAGUACCAACAUUUAGUAAGAUUCAAAUGCGAACGCGGUUAAGUAUUGCUAGGCGCGCGCGCUGCUAAACGACAGUAAACGGACAAUAUAUUGGAAUUUACGCUGUUUUUGUUGUAUUUUUAAUUAGUUUUGUUAACACAAAAACAACAAGGCGCUAGUCAAUAUUGAUAAGAAUGCAAAUUGAUAUGCAAUCAAGUGCAAUUGUGUAGUUGACGGAAGCAAAAGUAACAAAAAAUAAAACAAAUGCGUAUGUAUGUAUAUGUAGAAUUAAUCAUCUAAUUUGGAACCACAUUUUCUAAAUUAUAAAAAAAACAUUAAAAACAAUAAAGUUUUAUAUUAAAAAAAAAACACAAAAAUAAAAAAUUAUAUUUCAUAUAGUACAAAAACCAAACCAAAUUGAAAAAAAUAAAAAAAAUCGCGAAUAUUCUACAAAAAAAUAAACAAACAAAUAAAAAUGAAGGGCGGCACAGCACUUCUGUUCACCUUAUUUUUUGCUACUAUUUGCCUGCAGUUUAACGCUGGUGUGGCUGCUGAGAACAAGACUGUCACUAGCAGUCUCGUCGGCGACAUCGAUUACGCAAAAGAUGACUAUUAUUACGAUGAUGAGACAGACGCGGACGGUGGCGAUGUGGACAAUGAAUAUAUUGAUGAUGAGGAAGAUGACGACGAAGAAUACGCGGACGAUGUGGCAAACGAGGCGGCGGAAAUGAAAGCAGCAGAGCUCCGAGCAGAGCCACCCUAUUUUGAAGAAACGGAAGUUAAUAUUUACACACGGCCAGGCGAGAAUCUACUGCUCGACUGCGCGGCCAAGAAUAUACAUUCAAAAAAUGUGAUCAUGUGGUAUAAGGGUAAAAUUGUUAUUGCAACCGGACAAUUCGUUAUGGAUCCCAAUGUGGAUGUGCUCAAGAAUAAUUCGCUGGUGAUACAGAAUGUGACCUCUAAGGAUGCUGGCGACUAUUACUGUGAAGUGCUGCCCGAGAAGGUGCGCAUGCACGCGCUGGUCGAAGUCGAUGAAAGUCUAAUGAUCUUCUGUGAUGGGCAUGAGGUAACCAAUGAGACUUUGGUUUUUGUGCAGGGUGAACCACACGUUUGUGUAUGCAAAUACUACUCACUGGAAAAUGUGCAGAUCAAAUGGUUUAUCGAUGGCAAACGCGCCGAAAGUUUGGUCGAACGUGUGCUAGGCGAGCAGCUCUAUAUUGACAAUGUGGAUACCAAACAUGGUGGCAUCUACCAGUGUCUAGCCGAUGAUCUGUCACAAGAACCGCCGCAUGCCAUGAUCGUGGUCGAUGUUGUAUACGUGCCGAAGGUCUCCACUUAUCGGCAUUAUGUCAAUACGGAACAGGGUGGCAAUGCCGAGUUGUAUUGUGACUAUGCGGCAAAUCCGAGCGGUGAAGUACUGUGGCUGCGUAACGGUAAAAGGCUGAAUGCCUAUAAAUAUACAUUCAACGAGAUCACACAUAAAGAACGCAAACGUUCGAUCUUAACGGUUAUGGAUGUGAGCGCUAACGAUCUUGGCGAGCAUGUAUGUCAAGUGCAGAAUGCCAUCGGCCGUGGCGAGACGAAAGUGCAUAUCAUUUACGAACCGGAACAUCCACAAUUGGAGGACUUGGAAGUUAAUGGUAACCAAGCGGUGAUACAUUGGUUAGUGCGCAGCAUACAGCCGUUAUCGGAGGCGGUGUUGGAUUAUAAACUGGCGGGCUCGUACACUUGGAGCAAAGUGUCUGUGGUGCAUACACGCCGCCACGCGGAAAGUCACAUUUGGAAGGUGACUCACGAGAUGGAGCUCACGCCGGGAAGUUGGCAUGUGCGUAUGCGCGCGAAAAAUACCGUUGGCUGGUCGGCAUUUUCCACGCAGCAUGAUUUCGUAAUUAAAGAUAAUGAAAGUGAUGUGGAUGCGUACGAUGUGCUCGACGGCGUCGACGACGAUGAUGAAGAUGACUUGGAUACAGCUGAUGCGCCGAAAACAGUCGCUGUGGCCAGCUUUGGCGGUGGCGGCUCGAAUGGCGGCGCAGCGUUGCAAAUGUCAAACAAAUUAUUUGCGCUGCUGAGUGCCGGCAGCAUGUUUUUGUUGUUGUUGUUAUCAAAAAAUGGAAUUUUAUAAAACAUUACCAAAGUGUUUGGGGUAAACUGGCGGUUAGUUAUGUGCAUACAUACAUACAUACAUGCAUACGUGCUUAUGUGUUGCGUUUUGUGUAGGUAUUUGUGUAAAUAUGUAUGUAAUGAAGGCAUGCAUACACACAUACAUAUGUAAAUACAAUAUUUGUUUGCUUGCAUAACUGUAUGUUGUUAAUUUUUGUGUAUUUUUAUUAUAUAAUAUUAUUUAUGUCAAAACUAUUGGUGCCAAACAUAGAAUUAGUCAAACAACACACACACACACACAAAAUAUAUAAAAGCAAGAAACGAGUCAGAAAUAAAUA